UUCUUAGAACUAAUAGUCGCUUUAUGCAGCCUCUGAAUCGCGGCGCGAAUAUCUAGGCUUUAGGAGGAAUCAUUCGGUAAUCCGCAAAACGGAAUUUCGAGCACCAGUGGCGUAAUAUAGACUGCUGCAGCCGUCAAGGACACGGCCGCCCGAUGGAGCAGCUUGAUAUUCCGCGGCGAAAAUACAAGGUAAACGACGGGUAAACGUUGGGCUUGCGGAUUGUUCCAAAAAACUCGAGAUCGAAACGGCCGUCUUGUCCGUAAGACGAAGGAUCGAUACCCCUCGAUCUCUCCCGGGGAAUUUGAUUAAUCGUGCGGUGUGGUACCGACACCGCAGUCGUAACUACCAAAAGUAACGAGAUACUUACUAGUCUGUCGAUUGCCGACGGCGCCGCAAGCGGGUCCAGCCGCGCCGAGAAGUCCGCUCACUCACGCGCUCUGAAUAAUCAAAACUCGAUGUGAAUCCCAGAAGGUGGAUGAUUCCGAUUACCGAGAAAUCCUGGCUACUAUUGACGCGCGAAACCGGAUGCGGCCUUUGAGGAGUCAUCGAUGUCCAUGAAUCAGCAACGCAGUCACUCAGACGAGCUGCAUCGCGGCGCCCGCCGUCUUACCGAGACGCUCCGCGGGCCUCAAGACAGUCCCGAGUCGUCGACAGGUGAAGAUGAACUCGUUACAGAGGUGCGGACAAGUCCGAGCCGGGUGUCCUGGUCACUCGACGACAUCGAGGAACACCUCGCGGGGAAAAGCGGAGCAUCGGUAGUACGCGGUUCGAGGGAAGAGCCCUUCGAUCAGGGGAGGAUAAACUGCAAUCCGCGGCGAAAUCCGCGCAGAUCGAUCAGGGCCAAGCCAUUGUCUUACAUCGAAUACACGGAGCUCGAUGAGUCGUCGUCGACGCGGGUUUUUGGAGAGAAACCGUUGACGGAUGCUUCCGGUGAGGAAGGUGGUGAUUCAGAGGGAAGAUCGGAGAUUGGUGGUGCCGGAGAAUCGCGGUCCUCGGUGAGUCAGGAAUCGAAUAAAAACGUACGCGCUCUAGUUGGGACCAGGAACUGCGGACAAGUUUGCAGGCAUGGAGAGAUGUGCGAGGCAGACUUGGAGCUCCGCCGGGAGUUGGAGCUCCUCGACACGGGAUCAAGGGAAGGCGUCGAGGAAUCCUGGGCUUUCAUCUUUCACGGCAAGUCUCGAGAGUCGUCGGCUCCUGCGAGGAUCACCGGAACUGGAGGAAGUCCGUCACGCUCCGGGGAAGGGACCUUCUUCAGGAAUAACCCCAGGAUUACCGAACCUGCCGCCGCUUUUCCGACCAAGGAGCGUCGCGACGUCGAGUGUGGAUCUAGUGCCAGUGCGUCGCAACGUGUGGCAGGGCAGUCCUGCAUCCGACCUGGAAAACACGCGGCUCCGGAGAACAGCGACGGACCCCGAGAUCCUUUCCCUGCUGGGGCCGCCCAGCUAUCGCAGUCCGGAGAACGUGGAACGGCUGACGAUGAAGAUCCACUCGAGGACUCUUCGCGUCUAUCGAAAGGCCUUCUGCCGGGAUCUUUGCAAACGUCGGAGUUCCGCGAAGGCUUCUGCAGAGAUAUGCAGCGUGCGGGAGACGGAAGUGCCGUUAGAAAAGGAGGCGGAUGUAAGGUGAAACCGGAAAAACCGAAGAAACCCCCGGACGCUGAACAGACCGAUGAACUGGUCCUGGUGCCUUUCGACCCUUCGGAAUGGAACGAAAGCCACGUGGCUUCAUGGGUGGCCUGGUGUACGCGGACAUUCUCUAUGAAAUCGGCACCAUCUACCACGGAUUUGCCACCAACAGGAAAGGAGCUGUUGGACCUGACAGCGGAGCGUUGGAAAAGCUUACCCGGAGGAAAUAUUCUGGCAGUUCACCUGGCACACCGUCGUUUCCAAGCGACAGGAGUAUCUAGCCCAAUCCUCCAGGAAAUGAACAAGCUUCCUUGCAACGAAAUCGAACGGAUCAGCCUCCUGCAGAGAACUUGUUCGCUGAUUGGCUCAGGAAGCGGUGGCCCCGGAUCGGUCGGGGGAGGUCAGGUCCAGCUGUGGCAGUUCCUCCUAGAGCUACUCUCCGAUUCGUCGAACGCCUCCUGCAUUGCGUGGGAGGGCUCAAACGGAGAGUUCAAGCUCACCGACCCGGACGAGGUGGCGCGGAGAUGGGGCGAACGCAAGAGCAAACCCAACAUGAACUACGACAAACUUUCGAGAGCCCUCAGGUAUUACUACGACAAGAACAUAAUGACGAAAGUCCACGGCAAAAGAUACGCCUAUAAAUUUGACUACCAUGGGUUAAUGGCGGCAUGUCAGGCCCAAGCAGGUGUGACGGUGGACCAGCCGCAUCCCCAUCAUAUUUACCCAUCGGGCCCACCGCCUCCACCACCACCGCCCCCGCCGCCUCCACACUAUUGUUGGCCCUACAACGCGCGCUACAGUCCGACGAUUUAAAAGUCAACCAAAACCACUAACCUUCGAUGACUCAGGAUCCCGAUGCAGUUCCUUGGAUUCCUUAAUCUCGCAAGGACGUACGGGAAAUACUUGAAAAUUACCAUAAAAAAAAAAAAAACAUUCUGUGUAGAUAAAUCUUGAAAUUUAUAGAACAGUCGCAAUAGUAUAUA